GUGGCUGUAGGGAAAGCUCUUCCCGGUUGUUGUGCCAGGCUCCACGGCUCCGGGCUCCUCCAUUGACUGGAGAUAGCUGUGCCAAAAAAAAUCAAAGAGAUACCUGUAUAAGUAAACAAAGAGCCGAACGGCCUCUCGUUUUGUGUGUUUUAAAAGAGGUAACCGGUUGAAUCAGCCGCUGACUGCUGUCACUCAUGGAGACUUACGGCAACUCGCACAAGAAACAGAAGCUGAGCAACGCCGCCGAGAGCUGGGGAAUGCAACGUGCAACUAAUGUCACCUAUCAGGCUCAUCAUGUCAGCCGAAACAAGCGUGGGCAGGUUGUGGGCACAAGAGGCGGGUUCAGAGGAUGCACUGUUUGGUUGACUGGUUUGUCGGGUGCAGGCAAAACUACAGUGAGCAUGGCCCUAGAGGAGUACCUGGUGUGUCAUGGUAUCCCCUGCUACACCCUUGAUGGGGACAACAUCCGUCAAGGGCUGAACAAGAACCUGGGUUUCAGCCCAGAGGAUCGGGAAGAGAACAUUAGACGCAUUGCUGAGGUGGCCCGGCUUUUUGCUGAUGCUGGGCUGGUCUGCAUCGCCAGUUUUAUUUCUCCCUAUAGCAGGGAUCGCCUCAAUGCGCGGAAGAUCCACGAGGCUGCAGGGCUGCCUUUCUUUGAGGUGUUUGUGGACGCUCCACUGGACGUAUGUGAGCAGAGGGAUGUGAAGGGACUGUACAAGAGAGCCAGAGCGGGGGAAAUAAGAGGUUUCACCGGAAUUGACUCAGAGUAUGAGAAGCCAGAGGCUCCGGAGCUGGUGCUGAAGACUGACUCCUGCAAUGUGAAUGAGUGCAUACAGCAGCUUAUUGACCUGCUUCAGGAGAGGGAUAUAGUUCCUGUUGAUGCAUCUUAUGAAGUGAAAGAGCUGUACGUUCAGGAGAACAAACUGGACCUGGCUAAGGCUGAUGCAGAGACUCUACCUGCUGUACAGAUUGGCAAGGUGGACAUGCAGUGGGUGCAGGUGCUGGCUGAAGGCUGGGCCACUCCUCUGAACGGUUUCAUGAGGGAGAGAGAGUUCUUACAGUGUCUUCAUUUUGACUGUCUGCUGGACGGUGGUGUUAUCAACCUGUCAGUGCCUGUGGUGCUGCCAGUGUCUACUGCAGAUAAAGAGCGUUUAGAUGGCGUGACGGCCAUGGCUCUGGUCUACGAGGGCAGGCGAGUUGCCAUCCUCCGUAACCCUGAGUUUUAUGAACACCGCAAAGAAGAGCGCUGCGCUCGUCAGUGGGGCACCACUUGCAAGGACCACCCUUACAUCAAGAUGGUGAUGGAAAGUGGAGACUGGCUGGUCGGCGGAGACCUGCAGGUUCUGGACAGGAUCUGCUGGAACGAUGGACUCGACCAGUACCGACUGACACCCACUGAGCUCAAACAGAAGUUUAAAGAAAUGAAUGCAGAUGCUGUAUUUGCCUUCCAGCUCCGCAACCCAGUCCACAACGGCCACGCUCUUCUGAUGCAGGACACCCACAAGCGCCUCAUCGAGCGAGGCUACCGCCGGCCCGUGCUGCUGCUCCACCCACUGGGAGGGUGGACUAAGGACGAUGAUGUGCCGCUGCCUUGGCGAAUGAAGCAGCAUGCUGCCGUGCUGGAGGAGGGCGUCCUGAAUCCAGACUCUACCAUUGUUGCGAUCUUUCCUUCACCCAUGAUGUAUGCUGGGCCAACUGAGGUUCAGUGGCACUGCAGAGCUCGAAUGGUGGCUGGUGCCAACUUUUACAUCGUUGGCCGUGACCCUGCAGGCAUGCCCCAUCCUGACACAGGAAAGGACCUGUACGAACCCACUCAUGGGGCCAAGGUCCUCACCAUGGCUCCAGGCCUCAUCACCCUGGAGAUUGUACCCUUUAAGGUUGCUGCUUACAACAAGGUCAAAAGGGCAAUGGAUUUUUACGACCCCAAAAACCAUCAAGACUAUGAUUUCAUCUCAGGUACACGCAUGCGUAAGAUGGCUCGCGAGGGAGAGAAUCCUCCUGACGGCUUCAUGGCGCCAAAGGCAUGGGCCGUGCUGAAAGAAUACUAUAAAUCACUGGAGAAGGCCUAAAGGUUGAGUCUGAGAUGAAAAAAAACAUGGGAACACAGUGGUUUCUACUGACGUUUAAAAUGAUGAAUGUGGGGACCACUCAGUUACUAUCAAAAACCAUGCUCCGGCUUAUGUCUGUCACUUUUCACGCUCAACUGUCAGUCAUAAAACUUGUCUCUGUUGUUUUUAGUCUUAUCACAUUUGUGUUUUAACUAUGUGCUUUAUUUAACUAAACUUAAUCUGACUGUGAAAUAUAGUAGGAGAGGUCACAUUGGUAUUUCAAGAGAACAAGCUAAAAAAAAAAUCCUU